UGCGCGUCGUGAACCCCCAUAUGUUAUUCUUCACGUUGUGACUCAUAUCGCAGCACAUGUGUCGCAAUACUUUUGUUUUGUUUUUGGCGCUCAGUUUCCGAAGUGGACCGGGCGAGUACAGACUAUAAGUGACUAUGAGCUCCGAUGAAGUUUUCGGAUUCGGACUUUUUGACGAUAUUCCUCCGGAAGGACAGCCCCAUCCUCUGCUAAUUGACGACUUCGAGACGGAUGAGGAUGUUGGAGUUAAAGUGAAGAACAUCUACGCACCGACAAUCGACGGUACAGCGUUGCAUCGAGCUGUACGAAGUGGCGAACGGGUUAAGAUCGAAGAGAUUUUAAAAAUGUAUCAGGAUGACUUCGAUAAAGUGAAAAAAUGUUUGGAGCCGAGAUAUCAAUUAGAUUUGGAAGAUCCAAUUUGGCUUGAUAAGACCAUUUUGGUUGCAAACAGUGUUAAACAGUGCUGGAAAGCUAGCAGUUUGAACUGUCAAGAGAUUCAUGAAGACCAUUUGCAACGAGCAAUCUUAGUUCUGUUACAAAAACCAGUAGAAGGUGAAUGCAUAGCUGUGAUACAUCCCAAUGAAAACAAUCGGCUCAAGGUAGCUCAACUGAUUGACACACUCAUCCCGAAUGGAUUUCUCACGUGGAACUACACUGGACCACGUGGCACUUGUGAAACCUUUAUGGAAGUGGCUGCUUCUUGUGGAGAAAUAAACGUCAUGCAGCGGCUGCUCAGUCUGGGAGCCAAAAUCGCACUUCCUGGACACAAUCCGCUGAUUCAAGCUUGCAGAAAGAAUCGAAGAGAUGUCAUCAACUGGCUUCUAGAAGAUCAUUUCGAUCAAUUUGACUGCACCCUGCGUGAUUGCAAUCAGUACAACGCAUUCGCAGUGGCGAUGCAACACGCUGACGUUGAACUAGUCACUUUAAUUCUGAAGAAAAUGAUGGCUUACCGGAAGAAAUACCACAAUAAAAGCGAAUCGCAGGCUUUCAGUGAGAUAUUUCAUUUCGAAUCUCGCGAAGCGAGAUUUAUAUCAAUAUUCUCGCUAAUUGGAAGUGAUUCAAUUCAGAAACUCGUUGAAGAUGCAAUCGUCCGGUACAGGUUGGACUUGUCCUACGAAAGGAAGAACUACAGCGUUCUGUUACAGCUGUUAACCAACAAAAUAGCUGUCAAAUACUGUCUGCUGCAAAUACGAGAUCAACCAUCACUGCUGAAACUGAAAACCUACCAAGAUCAUACCGCAUUACAUCAGCUGCUUCAGGAUGGGCAUUUGGAAUUUUUAGAUGGAGAGUAUCAAACACAUCCGGCUGCAAAGAAUUACUUCAACACCGAUGGUGCCUUCAAACUGCUAAAGUGGUUGUUUUGGAACAAGCAUCACCGAACAAUCGAGUUCGUUCUGAAACAUCACCUGCGAUAUCUUAGGAGUGAUAUUAAGAAGCUUGAGAAGGUGUUGCGAUAUUAUAGAGAAGACUGCAAGAAGUUCACUGAGUUGCGCAGUUUUGCUGAAAAUCAGACAGAUUUCAUCCAAAUCGACUUGACUGACACGAUAUUUACUGCCCCACCUCCACUGUAUCACGCCGUAAGCACGAACGAUCUCGCGCUCGCUCGCGAUCUACUCGAAUCGAGCAAAGAAGCUCUCGACCACUUAAAUCACGGCGAAAACCACGCCAUUCACUACGUGCAAAGUCCAGCCAUGCUAACCCUGCUGCUGGAACGCCAUCCCGAUGGUCCUAACCUGAUUCACCGAACGAAUUCUUUUGGAUGCACGGUUUUGCAUCAAAUUUGCGGAUUGGAAGGUGAGGAAGCUGGAGAAAUGCUGGAAAUGGUCAUUGAACUUGGCGCGGAUGUUCACCAACUGGCCAACGACGGUGAAUCGGCUCUGUUUUUCGCGAGAAGUUGUGCAGUUUUAGAUAUUUUAAUGAAACAUAACCUGCCACUGGACUUGGUCAGCAACGCUGGUGAAACGCCACUUCAGCGAGUUCUUGGGAAUGCUCCUAAGGUAGCAAAGAUUUUGUAUCCGCUGGUUCGAGAAUUGCCUUCAUUUAGAGACCAUGCCCACAAGUACCUGAUUGCGGUGGUGAGCUGCUGCACUCGUAGCUUCUUUAAUUUUCACUACCGCGAUCUAUUGGAUCGAUAUCCAGAAACCACCAAGAUGAUGUUCGACUCACUCUACGAACGGUGUCCAGAGGAAGCUUCGAAACUGUUUGCCGAAGCUUGCAGUCGAGCGCUGAACUACGUGGUUGAAAAGUUCCUUGACUUUGACUAUGCGCUGAACUACAACUUCCAAAGUGAAUCUUUGAACGUUCCACUGUCAGGACUGCUGAGCUACAUCGAGGAACCGAACGUGACCCUCGUUCAGCGGCUUCUCGAAAAGAACAUCGACCUGAACGCCCAGAACAGCUUCGGACAGACGGCGUUGCAGCUAUUCGUGAAGAACUUCUCGAAGGCUAAGCUGCAUGGUUACGGAACGGACACAGUUGGACUGUUGAUCCGCAAGGGAUCCCAGAUCAAUACUAGAGAUGUCAAGGGUAAUACAGCACUGCACUUUGCAUACCGGCAACGCGAUUGGGAACUGGUGGAAGUGCUGAUACUGAAUGGAGCCGAACCCGGUAUUGAGAACCGGAAAGGAAAAACUCCGGUGCAGGAGUUGAAUCCGGUCGAUCAAGAGCUGUUUCACUUCUGGAGUUGACGGUUGUGAAGCCGAGAUAAUUUGCGUAAAUAAAGCUAUUUUUACCUGUUGA